CAGUGGUUUGUCAAAAGACUCGACAUUUAUCUGGUCAUAUUUCUGGCGCUUAUUCCUCACCUACAUCCUGCUACCGGCCUUUGGGAAGUUAUAUUCGAAGAACCGUUCUCUUGACGUACUGCUUGUUGAGAUUGCCUGUCACGACUGAUCACGUCCGACGUCUUGGUUACUGACAGCCGUUGGCUCAUCUGGACUAGAGCGUCUCAUGAAAAUGCUCUGAAAGUUCAGGCAAGGACUUAUAUCUUCGACUAUACAUAGCCUGACGAUUUCAUUUCUGUCUGUUGCAGCAAAACGACACUCUUUUCCGCGCUUUGUUUGAGAAUCCCCCUCUCACAGGCGCCUUUACCGCACUAGUAUGUCACGAUCCAGCCGGCGAGGACCAUGGUUGCCUGAAGAGGAUAACGCGUUACUACACCUUGUAGUAACUCAAGGCGCAAAGGACUGGGUUCGAGUUUCACAACACAUGCAGCAUCGCUCAGCAAAGCAGUGUAGAGAACGGUACCAUCAAAACCUCAAACCAUCUCUCAACCACGAGCCCAUCACAGCCCAGGAAGGCGAGCUGAUCGAACAGCUGGUACAGGACAUGGGAAAGCGGUGGGCCGAGAUUGCACGGCGGUUGGGGAACCGUAGUGAUAAUGCGGUCAAGAACUGGUGGAAUGGCAGCAUGAACCGACGGAAAAGAACCACAGUUCAUUCAGGCAGUGGAACCAAACUGGUAGGAUAUCGAACGCAACCGAUCCCGGCUUCAGCACCUCCACGAUCUCACCAUCCACGAGAGCCAUAUGUUGCUCCCCGAGACUCAUAUGGUGCUCCAUAUGCCCUUCCACAACCAUAUGGCCUCCCUGCUGCGGAACCUAGCAUAUCUGGGUCGAAAGACACUGAUCAUCCUGCUCAAAGAUUGAACCACCGUUCACACUUUUACACAAAUCCCAGCCAGUCUCGGGAGCCGUCUCAUUUCCAACCUCCUGCUUAUUCCCCAUAUUUGCAGCCACCUAAUGAUGCAUACGCGACACGUCCUCCUCCUGUGGGCGCGUCACCUGGUGGAGGAGGGCGGCCCCUCACUCUUCCCAGGCUACAUUCUUGGUCUAUCACACCAACCUCAGAUCGACCUGAAUGGCAGUUGCCGCCUCUCACACAUACGGAGGCACCUCUUCCUUCACCUGCUGGGACGGAAGCCUCUCAUGUCUCGUCACAUACACAAGCGCCCUCUCUGGUCUCGGACAAUCAAUCGAACUGUUCGAUUUCUCCCAAGACUUUGCCGUCUCCUCGACCUGGCUUGCCAGCGCCCAGAUCGCCAACAAUGCAGAUCUGGCCCGAAACAUACCGUCCAGAAAGCAGUGGAAUGGAGUCGACUCUCAGGCUGGGAAGCGCCGAGCGACGUGAAGACGCUGUUGAGCCACAACUAGCUUUUGCCAAAAGUGCGUUCACAGCCUUGAAUGGGACAAACCGCCCUACUCUACCACGGCCCCAAAGCUAUGGGCAGUCAGCUGCCACAUCACCCAAGCCGGGCGACAUAAAGUCUGCCACACAACGUCCACCACCCAAGUCGCCAUCUGAAAAGGACACUCGAAUGAAUCUCUCAAGCCUGAUUGGAUGACCAGUUGCUCAAAAAGCGAAUUUGCUUGACCGUUUUUGUUGUUAUGCCAGUUUUUCAUUGUAUUAUCAUCUCUCAUAUUCUCACAUUUUGGGUGUUCGGCGUCGAAGGUUUGAUUGCAGCAUUUACUGUCCAUGAUACCCAGGUUUCAGCGCUGGGUGUUGCACGUCUUAUCAGACUCGUGGGAAAUCGUUGUGAAGGAGAUUUGUACACUAGAUGCCAUUUGUGUGAUGUAAUUACAGCGGAAGGAUCAUGACAUUCUUGUUUGAAGCAAUGAGCACAGGGAGAUGCACUAGCAGAUUGACGAUUUGGACAUGAGAAAAGCGAUAUGUGAGACUGAGGACGAUUGAGGCUUGUUGCUACUUCUUGCGAUUUUCUACUUUAUCAUCAUAAUACGGACAUGGUUCCAA